GGCGCCAACUAGGAAAGGUGGGCGGGGCCGCAGCGGUACUCUGCGAGCGGCUACCGCGAAAUACCCGAGCAGCUGGGGCAGGAGGUCCGCCGGGCCCUGGUGCGGUCUCACCCCCGGUCCCUGCCGCUCUCUGCCGCCACCGCGUCUGGGCUGACUGAGCGGAAAGAAGGCGGGCCGGAUUUGCGACCCCGGCUUGAAGUUAUCCACCUACCCCUCCACCCGGUCCUUCUUUUACACUGCUGCGCCCGCCCCGUUUUGUUUGGGUUUAAUCCUCAGGUUGUCGGCGCCUGCCCGCGCGGCCCUGGAACCCCAGGCGUGUGGGCAUCGUUCGUUCGCUCCCUGAGGAACCCGCCCGCCCCGCUUCUCCGUGCCGCCCGCGUCCCUGAACCUCGGGGUCGUGUUUGUGUUUGACCCGCGGGUGGCCGGGCCCGCGCGCGCGCGCCGCGCUCCGGGAGGCGGUGGGGGCAGCGCGGCGCGGGACAAGGCGGGCGACCCAGCUGGGGGCGAGGGAGGGAACGAGAGGCGGCGCCGCCGCCGCCGCCGCUGCUCCGGAUGGAGCUGGGCCCGGAGCACCCGCACCGCCGCCGCCUCCACUUCGCCUGCAGUUCGCCACCAGCCGUCGUCAAGGCCCUGUUCCCCGCCGGCCCCGGGGGCCUGUCUCCGGUCACCAACCUCGCAGUCACCAUGGACCAGCUGCGGGGCCUGGGCAGUGAAUGUGAACCUCAGCUGGAAAUGAAAAACAGCAGCAGUCUACAGCGGACAAGCUCCUCGGAGUCUACAGAUUCAGGUUUUUGUCUAGAUUCUCCUGGGCCCCUGGAUAGAAAAGAAAACUUUGAAAAACCCAUGAGGAGAAUAAACUCCCUACCACAGAAACUCCUGGGGUGUAGCCCUGCCCUAAAGAGAAGCCAUUUUGAUUCAUUUGACUGUGAUAUCUUCCAACUAAAUGAUCAUGAUGAAAACAAAGAAAAUGAGGUCUUUGAGUUUAAGAAGCCAACAAGACCUGUACCCCGUGGCCCUCUUCAUGGACUUGGAGAGGUCAAAGAUGUCUUCACCCAAAGACAGAAUUCGGCCCCUGCUCAAAUGUUUUCCACCAAUGAGAAGGAUAACAGUGAACUUGCAAACUACUUCCCUGUCUUCUUGCCACAAUCUCCUCUGACCUCUCUGGCUGAUGAGGAUGAUGGAUUCCUAGAAAUACUUGAUGGAGAGAACCUCAAGAAUGAUGAUGAAACUUCAUCAUGCAUGUCAAGCCUUUGGACAGCUCCCCUAGUAAUGAGAAGAACAGCAAACCAAGGUAAACGGUGUAAGCUGUUUGAAUCCUCAUCUACACCCAGCACCAUAACCCGUCCUAUGCUGAAGAGACUGGAACGUUCUUCUGAAGAUUCCCCACCAGAAAAUACAAAAAGGAGGAGAAGCACAGUAGAGGAACCUACUGAAGAAGCAGUGAAACUCGAUGAGAACCUGCAACCAGCUCUAUCCCAGUCUUCCACAGAAGAGACCAUCAAGAGCAUUUUGGACAGUGACCAGAGGGACCUCAUUGGUGAUUUCUCAAAGGGUUACCUUUUUCACACAGUUGCGGGGAAACAUGAGGAUCUAAAAUACAUUUCUCCAGAAAUAAUGGCAUCUGUAUUGAAUGGAAAGUUUGCAAAUGUAAUUAAAGAGUUUGUCAUCAUCGACUGCAGAUAUCCAUAUGAAUAUGAAGGAGGCCAUAUCAAGGGUGCAGUAAACUUACACAUGGAAGAAGAGGUCGAAGCCUUCUUGCUCAAGAAACCCAUCAGGCCAACAGAUGGCAAACGUGUCAUCGUUGUUUUCCACUGCGAGUUUUCUUCAGAGCGUGGGCCCCGGAUGUGCAGAUUUGUGAGAGAGCGGGACCGACUAGAUAAUGAAUACCCCAAACUCCACUAUCCUGAGCUAUAUGUUUUAAAGGGAGGGUACAAAGACUUCUUUUUGAAGUGCAAGUCAUACUGUGAGCCCCCAAGCUACCGUCCUAUGCACCAUGAAGAUUUUAAGGAAGACCUGAAGAAAUUUCGCACCAAGAGCCGGACAUGGGCAGGAGAGAAAAGCAAAAGAGAAAUGUACAGUCGCCUAAAGAAGCUCUGAGGAUGGGGCUCCUUGGACAGCAGCCGGAGAACCCCCUGCUCCGUAGGAGCCUGAGGAAAGGGGCCAGCUGGAGAGAUUUUUCUGGAUACAUCUGCAAGCCUACUCACUUCACUCAUGUGCCAUCCAUCGUCACCUGGGUCUUGAUUAUGAGAGCCUCCUGCCAUUAUCCUGUUGACAACUCUCUUCCUGUCCCCUUGGACCUUUUUAAGAUACUUUGAUGGAGACUAGGAAUACUGUGGGAGGGUGGGGGGAACGAUGGUUUGCUGCUACUUUUAAGUUACCUCGUGGAGCUUACUAGGAACUGGUAUCAACGCUCAGAUAAAAUCGGUGGCGCUGAGGUGGCCUAAGGUCCCCAGCAGUCAGAUUUGUACUUCGAAGGCUUCUUCUUCAAGUGACUUUGGUUGUCUCCCUCCAGUGCAGCUAAUCUGUGGCAGUCAUAAUGAAACACUGGGUUUGAGGGAUGGGGACCGAGGGGUAGGAACAAGGGAAUUGUUGCACACAAUGGUGCUGCUGACCAAAUACCAAAGACAAUCUGAGAAGAAAGGAUCUUUAUUGUGUACAACUCCUAAGUAUUAAUUUAUUCAAACUUGUCAAUCACUUUAUAUUUUUUCUUAACUUCUGGAUCAUUAGGUCAAAAUACUGCCUUUCCAAGAGGAGUAUUAUUCUAGGGACUGCCUUGGACCCAGAGCCUACUUUUAUUUUAUUUUAUUUUUUUUUUUUAAAGAAAAGAGAAAAUACUAGAUGUUCACAGACUGGUUUGAUUAGUGAUGAGAUAAGGAAUAAGAAGAUGAAGUAACUUUCUAAAUCCCAGGAAGUUUGUAAGUAGGCCUGGUGGUUGCUUCAAACCAAGAGUAAGAUGAAGCUCUGUGAUUGAGAUGGUAAGUGAGUGUCAGACUUGACUGUAGCCUCGUGCUAAACCUUGUAACUACUGUUGGAAACUCCCAAAGCCUCAAGCUUUUAAUGACUGUCCCUUCAGCGCUGCUGUCUGCGUAGAACUGGGUUUUUACCAUUAUCUUAGAACAGUGGGGCCUAUUUGAUAGAUGCCCCUGCCAUGCCUUAACUGUUCCUGAACCUUGCUGGAACAGAAGUUACGGUCAAGAAAGCACUUCAGUCAGCCUCAGCCAGAUUGAUCCCAGAUCAGUGUUAGGACAUUGUAGCACCUGUAUUCCAGGGUAAGGGGUAGGAGAAAAUAAGCUCUAUGGCAAGAAUACUUUAAAGUGUUUUGUUUUGUUUUGUUUUUUUUAAACAGUCCCAUUUCAUGGACCAUGGGUUAUCAAAUCAGUGUUAGAGGAACUGCCUGCAAUUUUCUGGGUGGAGGGGACAAAGGCUCUGGGCAUUAAGAAAAAGGUUGGGAGUUGGUGUGGAAUUGACCAUACAGAAUGUGUUUCUCAGGAGGGAGCCUGGUGGAUCCUGAAGGUGAAACUUUCUGGGUUUAUCAUGUUUAAAUUUGAGGGAAAGGGGAUGGUAAAUUUGUUUCCUAUUACCCUCUUCUAGUCCUAUGAAAAUGGGGUCUUAAAAGGACCCUUGUGAUAGGAGUUUGGGCUAGAUCUUGAUGUGCCAGAAAGAAAGCUGCUCUGGUAUCUGUUCUUGUGUGUAGUAGAUCUCUUGGUCGGCCUACACUACAGAUAGCAGACCUCAUACCAUCUCUGGCUCUAUUGGGAUGCGGCCAUGUUUCCUCAAACACAAAUAUUACCUUCUCUUUCCCUAACUUCCCCAAAAAAAAAAAAAAAAAAAAAAAAAGUAGGAGUAGAAGGUAGCAUGAGAAUCAAUGAUGUUGGUUACUGGUUGCUGCUAUUUGUUUUGGGUUUGGGAAUUGCGUUUAAAUGUAAAGAAAUCUUGUUGGAAAAAAUAUAUGAUGGAAAGGGGGAAAAGAUCCCUCACACACACUCCUUGGCUUUGUCCCCAACCUGGUUUUGUCUGGACUGAUAUUGCCCAACUUGCUGGAGUGGGGAAGUUAAUAAUAGAGUUUGGGCUAUAUCAGCUAAGCCAGCAUCAAUAGACUCUUGCAGGCUGUGGAAAUAAACAACCUAUAACUCAAA